AUGAACAUAAUCGACUCAACCGGUAACACCGCACUGUCUUUGACACCGGAAGGCAGUCGUGUCGCCCGCAUACUCCAUGAACACUCGGCCAGUUCGGACAAGCAGGGUGGGAAACAUCGAGUAGCCGCUGAACCCCGUCCACAUUCUAACAUUUCACGAACGCCUUCGCGCUCUAUAAAACCAACCAUCAGCGAGUCAGCCGAAGAAAGGAAGAAGAAGCUCGAGAAGAAGAAAGUUGAGGAAAGACGAAAUCGGACACUGAAGGGUAUUAUCUAG